AUGUUUGAAGGGUUAUUGCUUUACCCUACAUUGGGUUUUAACCUACUGCGAAAUUACCUGCAACCAACAAAAUGGACUUGGUAUAGUCGUAUUGAUGAAAAUAUUGUCCUUGGUGCGCUUCCUUUCAAAAGCAUGAUCAAGGAGCUUAUAGAAAAAGAAAACGUUGGUGCAGUCGUAUGUUGCACUGAAGAAUACGAAAACCGGGUAGUUUGGAAAGCUGUGGAUGAGCAAGAAUGGAGAAAACGAGGAGUAGAAUUUUAUGCGUUGCCAAUGACGGAUUUCGUAGGUACAGCAUCCAGAUCAUCAAUUGACAAAGCUUUGAAAUUUGUUGAUGAAAACACUCAGAAGGGCAAAUCAGUUUAUGUACAUUGCAAAGCUGGCCGAACUCGUAGUGCAAUGUUUGUUGCAUGUUAUUUAAUGCGUAAAAAUGAUUGGUAUCCAAAUGUGGCUUUCGAAUUUGUGAAAUUAAAAAGACCACAUGUUGUACUCGGAAAUGCUCAGUGGAGAACCGUUAACGAGUACAGGCGAUAUUUGGAUCACAAAACAGGACUUGCUUAA